AUGCCAGCUUUGCACGAUAUCCACCACAAGCUUUUAGCCAAGAGGUACUACUAUGGGCUGACGUCCAGUGGCGCCCGAUGGGCAUACUUUGCCAUAGUCGCCGUGGCUCUAGUGUUGCUCAUAGCCUCCAUUAUUUUGGUCAAUCGGAAAAGAGGCCGCCGAGGCGCCAAGCCCAUUCAAGGAACACAAUGGAUGACGCCUCCUUCCUACUAUCAAUCGCAGACGUACUACAACCAGCCGACGCGCAGAGACCCAAACAUGCCCAGCACUUACGUGCCUCAGUAUACGGAGACCGCUAAUGCGGGCGACAUGGGCUACUAUGCCCCAGACGGGACUUUCCAUCCCAGGUCCAGUAAAGACGGGCCGGAGUUUCCUGAAAACGCCCACCAAAGAACCACGGCCAACUCCGACGGCCAGCCAAUCCAAGCCUUUGACCAAACAGGCACAAGGGUGGUGGCAGAUGAAGACAUAGACGAUUUCACGCGGCCCGUGGGCCCGCCUCCGGGCUCGUCCGGAAUUGACGGCGACACGACCUCAUCCAAUUCGAAAGAGGUGGAGAGACCAGACCAUCCCCCGCCAUCUAUGCGUUAA